AUGCACCUGCCCGGCUGCGCCCCCGCCAUGGCCGACGGCAGCUUCUCGCUGGCCGGCCACCUGCUCCGCAGCCCGGGCGGGAGUACCUCGCGGCUGCAUAGCAUCGAAGCCAUCCUGGGAUUUACCAAGGAUGACGGGAUCCUCGGCUCCUUCCCGGAGGAGCGGGGCGCCCGGGGCGCGAAGGAGCGGGAUAGGAGGCCGAGCGCGAGGACCGCCUGUCCCAAGGCGCCUGCAGGAGGUGCGGAGCCCUCUCCGCCGCCCGCCCCGGCGCCCGCUCCCGAGUACGAAGCCCCUCGCCCCUACUGCCCCAAGGAGACAGGGGAGGCACGGCCGAGCCCUGGGCUGCCUGUGGGACCCGCCGCCUCCGGCGACACGAAGCUGUCAGAAGAGGAGCAGCCCAAAAAGAAGCACCGACGGAACCGCACAACCUUCACCACAUACCAGCUGCACGAGCUGGAGCGCGCGUUCGAGAAGUCCCACUACCCCGACGUGUACAGUCGCGAGGAGCUGGCCGGCAAGGUCAACUUACCCGAGGUCCGGGUCCAGGUGUGGUUCCAGAACCGACGCGCCAAGUGGCGGCGGCAGGAAAAGCUGGAGGGGGAAAGACGGCCACGCUGCUUCUACGCGGGCGUGGGCCGGAGCCGCCGGGUUCAAGGGGCCCAAAAUGCCUGA